AUGAGUCUAGGAACACACCUUACCAUGAAGCUGAACGACGGACACUUCAUGCCCAUACUGGGGUUUGGCACCUCCGCUGCAACUAAGGUGGCUAAUAGCAAGGUAGAAGAGGCCACCGAGAGAGCCAUCGGCGCUGGCUACCGCCACAUCGACUCGGCCUACAUAUACCAGAAUGAAGAGGAGGUUGGCCGGGCCCUCCAGAAGAAGAUGGCCGACGGCACGGUGACAAGGGACGACCUCUUCUUCACUACGAAGCUGUGGAGCACCUGUCUUCGUCCAGAAUUUGUCCAAACCAUCCUGGAAAGGUCCCUGAAGAAACUUCAGCUGAGCUAUGUGGAUCUUUGCCUUAUUCAUUUUCCAGUAGCUUUGAAGUUUGGGGAAGAGCUCCUUCCGAAGGACACACAGGGCAGACUCAUUUUUGACCAGGUGGACCUGUGUGCCACGUGGGAGGCCAUGGAGCACUGCAAGGAGGCGGGGCUCACCAGGUCCAUCGGGGUGUCCAACUUCAACCGCAGGCAGCUGGAGCUGAUCAUUAACAAGCCCGGGCUCCGGCACAAGCCCGUCUGCAACCAGGUGGAAUGUCACCCGUACCUCAACCAGAGCAAGCUGCUGAACUUCUGCAAGUCCAAGGACAUCGUCCUGGUCGCCUUUGGCGCCCUGGGCUUCGACAUCGAGAAGGAGUGGGUAAUGAAGAACUUCCCGGUUCUCCUGCGGGACCCCGUAAUCAAGGCCAUCGCCGACAAGCACGGGCGGACCCCGGCCCAGGUGGCGCUGCGGUACCAGCUGCAGCGGGGGCUGGUGGUCUUGGCCAAGAGCUUCAACGAGAAGAGAAUGCGGGAGAAUCUCCAGGUUUUUGAUUUCCAGUUGACAGCAGAGGAUAUGGAAACUCUUGACAGCCUCGAUAGGAACGUUCGCUAUUAUCAGCAAACAGACUUCUGCGAUGAUCCGAAUUAUCCGUUUUUUGAUGAAUAUUAACGACAGCAUCUGUGGGCGCUCCCGUUGUUUAUUUCGGUUGAUUAUUGGAGAACAUCGGGAGGAUGAGAAGGUAUUUGGCUUACUCCAUGCCCAGUUGGUCGCAGUACGGCUGGAGUCCCAGGAUCAAGAAAUAAAAGAUUCUAAACCCAGUCUUUUCCCCACAAAGUAAAUAAAGAUAUAUUCAAUCAA